AUGACAACUUCUGAAUUGACGAAUGAAAGUGAGCUGAUGAGACGGGUUGAAGCCGCCUACCUCGAAUUCGGGAGGUGCGCUGCCGAGGAAAGCGCAGCAACUUCGGAUCUGGCGACGGAGACCGCUCAUCUCCUCUGCGCCGACAAAUUCCUCAGGCUUGUGACGAAGGAGGAGGCGGAUGCGGUGCUGCUCGAGUGGACGCAGCAAGACAAGGAACGGCUGAAGAACGGGAACGACAUUUUGCAGACGCUCACAUCCGCUGAGCAUGAUGUGCCCGUGCUGCCCAAAUGGCUCCAGAUGGCAAUGUGGACUGCCGAACGUAACGCCCGGGAGCAGUACGAGAAGGUUACCGUCAAGGACCUGGCCAAGUCGGUCAAGAAGACGCUGCGGGCGCGCGUCGACGACGCGAAAGAACGAUGGCAAGACGCCCGGAAAGAGACGUUGGCCUCAUACGAGCGCUACGAAGAAUUCGCAUCGGCGGCUACGGCGCAAACGUUAGAGCAGGUGGAGACAAAGCAGCAGCUCGUCAGAGACUUCGAAAAGGCCAACCACGGGAAGAAGACCACGACGGUUGCCCGUCUCGCGCAGGUGCCGUCGGCCGUCGACUUCAAGCCGUACUACCGGAAGCGGGACUUUGACUUCGGACCGUUCUACAGGAUGCCCGACGACCUCGACUCCGAAAACACCACGUCUGAAGUCGAGGAAGCGCUGCGAAGACCGCCGUGCGCCUGUGACCAAACGUUGGCCGAAAUCUCGGCUUCGGAGGACGCGCGUGAGAAGAACGAGACCAAGCCUCCCCAGCCCGCCGGAGAACCGGAUGAUGCGACGCGCAUUGCCACCGACCCUACGCACCCCCCGCUGGACAUCUCGGAUACGAACGUGCACAAUGGAGAUGCGGGCGAAGGCUCGACAAAGAAGGUGGAGAAGGCGCAAGAAUCGGCGGGUGCCCGCACCAUCCCACGGGUGCUUUUCGACGGGAUGCUCGGCCACUUUAACCUGCUGACGCCCCCCACUGAU